UACCACACUCUCUGGAAGAUACAAAAGCGUCGUCAUUGCUUCAGCCGUACAGUCUUCCUUCACCCCGAGGACCGACAACAAAGAGGUCUCCUGACUUCACUUAUUCACACAAUGCCAUUCGGUGAGGUCGUUUGCGGUUCUCCUGGAAGCGGGAAGUCAACCUAUUGCUACGGAAAAUAUCAGCUAUUCAAUGCCUUGAACCGUCCAAUAUCUGUGGUAAACCUUGAUCCUGCCAAUGAAUCCAUACCAUACCCCUGUGCAAUAGACAUAUCUUCCCUCAUUACUUUACAAGAGGCCAUGGACGAACACGGGCUUGGGCCGAAUGGUGCCAUGCUUUACUGUAUGGAAUACCUCGAGGCCAACUAUGACUGGCUUGAAGAUCGGUUGAAGGAGCUCGGAGAGGAAACAUAUGUGCUUUUCGAUCUCCCAGGUCAGGUCGAGCUCACCACAAAUCAUGAAAGUGUGAAGAGAAUUAUUAGAAAGUUGACGAAGAGCGGAUUCCGGUUAGCUGCCGUACAUCUUUGUGAUGCGCAUUAUGUGACGGACGCGUCGAAGUAUAUAUCUGUUCUUAUGCUUUCGCUACGUACGAUGCUUCACCUGGAGCUUCCACACGUGAACGUGCUGUCGAAGGUAGAUUUGAUCACACAAUACGGAGACUUAGAUUUCAACCUUGACUUCUAUACCGAGGUCCAGGACUUGUCUUAUCUAGAGAACGCCCUGUCCUCGGCAAGCCCUCGCUUUGCAGCUUUGAACAUGGCAAUAUGCUCUCUUAUUGAAGACUAUGGACUGAUCGGGUUUGAGACGUUAGCUGUGGAGGACAAAGAAUCCAUGCUGCACCUAAUGCGGGUUGUUGACAAGGCCACCGGCUGCGUCUUCGUCCCUCCACCGAAUGCACCCCAACCUGAAGGUACUCUUGAGGCUGCCUCUGCACCUGCUUCACAGCGUCCAAAUGUGUAUGGUCUGUUCUCGAGUGCACUGGGGGAGAUACGAGGACCUAGGAGUGAUGUGCGGGAUGUACAGGAGCGAUGGAUUGACGCGAAAAAAGAAUGGGAUGCGUACGAAAGACAGCAAUGGCGAAAGGAGGGAGAGUUGAUACAGCAAGAAGAGGCCAAGAAGAAGAGCGGUAUACGAGAACGGGGAGGAAGUACAACUAAAUAAUGCUAUUCAACUAUAAUAAUCAAAUGUGUAUUCUAUCACCAAACGCCAAUAGGAGUUGCACCAGUGUUCAGUC